UAAAUUCGUGGAAGUGGAAGCAACGCGGUUGUUUUCGUGACGGUUUGGCCGAUCUGGCAGAACCACUUUGGAGUUAUUUGCUGUUUUGCCCACUUGCAAUUGCGUCGAUGAAGAUCUCUUCAUCGGACUGGGAUGAGGCGACGCGUUUUGUUAAACAUGUUUUGCUCACUGGCAGAGCCCGGUACCCAAAACCCGAAUCCGGUUGCUCAAAAUGCGUAAAGUGGGACGAUGUCGCUCCUUUGCAAGCCGGCCGACCAGAAAAGACAUUUUUAAAAGCCCGACGAGUGGCCGGGCCAAAUGCCAAAACAAAAACACCAAAUCAAUUAACGGCAUUCAAUAGCAGCACAAUCCACAGUCCCAGCGACUGUUGGCAGGUGUUGAUCAAUAAAAUGCAACUGGGCAGCUGGCCCAUCGCCAUCGAUCUGCGAUCCACGUUGCGUAACUCCUGCCGAGGUUCUUUGCGCAAUCGAGUCCGAAACUUGACCAAGGCGCCUUGAUUAGGGCGUUCUUAUCAGCGCGCUCUAUGUAAGCAGCAGAUUCAACUUGAGGUAGACUAAAAUGGGGUUAUCAUCGGGGAGGGGAACACACUAAAAAUUGAAUCUUUAACGAUGAAUGUAUAUAAAUAUGUACUUUAAAAAAAUUUACAAUACACUUUAGGUUCUUCAGCGCAUAAAUACUUUUUCUAACAAAAGUUACGUUUACGUUACAUACAGUCACGCAUAUAAUAUUUGCCCUUCUUUUCUAAUAAAUGAGGCGGAAAGUCAAUUGCUUAGCUUUCAGUGCGGUAUAAAUAAAACGAAGAAAAAUAGCUUAUUUUGAUUAAAAUAGUUAGUAAAAUGAAUCCGGAAAAAAGCCCUCUAGUUUUUGGCAAAAUAGUGCGUAUGCAACCCUUGAAAUUAUCCGCAGUUAUAAACUUAUCGUUGUAAUUCGACUAAUUUUUUUAAGUGUUUCACAUUGAUGGCAGCGAGGUGGUCUAUGAUUUCGCUUGAGCUUCAGUUCUUAAUCAAGCAAAGAACGCGUAGGAAAGUACUAGAAAAUUUAUGAAUUGUCGAGCCAUGCGAAAGAGGACUGGAAUAUUAGUUGCCUUAUGUCUAUGCCUUUUUGUGGAAAGUCUGGCCUUGCUGCCACACGAGAGCGAGGUCAUCAACAAGUGCAUUCUGAGCUACGGUGGACUUAAUCCGGAGACUGCCGAGCGAUUAGGAAGAUUCAAGGAUUGGGCGGAGGGCUACGAGGAGAUUCCGUGCUUCACGCAGUGUUACCUAGCCGAAAUGUUUGACUUCUACAAUAGCAGCACUGGUUUUGAUAUGGACGCAGUUGUGAGAGCUUUCGGAGAACCCGUCUACACUGCUUGUCAGAGGAAAUUGGAGCUGCCGUUUGGAUCCGGACUGAGUAGCUGUCAACAUGCAUACGAGGGCUUUCACUGCAUCACCAACGCCGAGAACCACCCCUUCACGGUGAUCGACAACAUGGCGAACAUCUCCUUGUCCGCCAAAACAGCGAUGAAGGAGUGCCUUCAGAAUGUUGACCAGGCCAAGUGGAAGCGCUUCGCUGCCUACGGCGAGUAUCCCGUCAUCGAGCCGAUUCCCUGCUACACAAGGUGCUUCCUGGACAAACUGCACCUCUUCGAUCAGCAAACGCGUCUGUGGAAGGUGGGCGCCAUGAGGCAACACCUGGGCGUUCCAGCCAGAGGAGCCUCCAUCAGGUCCUGCCACCUGCAACGCGGCAAGGACCGCUGUGCCACCUACUACAAACAGUUCACCUGCCACGCCCUGGCCCUGGCCUGAGCGAUCGUCUCUCUUCAAAACACAACAAUCGGUUGUUUAAAUAAAUUUAAUAGUGUGCAAAUA